GUUCUCUAUUACUUCUCUGUGCCCUAAUCACUCUCUCACCGCGCUCUCUCUCUGUCUCUCUCUCUCCUCGUCGCCACCACCACCCGUCGCCGCCGUUCCACGCUACCGCCGAUCACCUCCGCCUGUCACCGCCACCUCUAAAACUUUCUUUUUGUGGCAAAAAUGGAUCUUUAUGCAACAAAUCCUGGACCAAUUGAUGAUUCUGUUUUGUAUGAUCAAGAUAAGCAUGUUUCAUCUGCUGUUUGGGAGGGGCAGGAGCGUGGUGCACUUAGAUGUCAUGAACACACUUCAAAGCUGGAUCAGUGGACCCUCACAUCGAAACAGGUUGAGUUGGUAAAGAAGGCUGGAUUUGACUACUUGAGGUUGAUACCAGCAAUUAGUUUAGACAACCCACUCAUAUCUGCGCUUGUUGAGAGGUGGAGAAGGGAAACUAAUACUUUCCAUUUCACUGUUGGGGAAAUGACAGUAACUCUUGAAGAUGUUGCGUAUUUGCUUGGACUAGCGGUUGAUGGUGAGCCUGUUAUAGGCGUAACAUAUACCACCUGUGAAGUAGUAUGUUUGAAGUAUCUAGGGAAAGCACCGGACUCUGGGUACACAAGUGGAGGGAUGGUGAAGCUUAGUUGGUUGAAAGAGACCUUUGCUCGGUGUCCUGAGGAUGCACCAAUUGAAGAUAUUGAGCGCUGUACGCGUGCUUACCUUCUUUACCUUGUUGGUAGCACAAUAUUUUCCACUACCACAGGAAAUAAAGUUCCUGUCAUGUACCUCCCAUUGUUUGAGAAUUUCGACCAAGCUGGGAAGUAUGCCUGGGGUGCAGCUGCAUUGUCAUUUUUGUACAGAGCACUUGGCAAUGCCUCCCUUAAAUCUCAGAGCACCAUUAGUGGCUGUUUAACACUACUACAGUGUUGGAGUUACUAUCACCUGAAUGUUGGUCGACCAAAGCUUAAUCGUGAUCCAAUCCAUGAUUGUUUUCCAUUUGUACUUAAAUGGAAAGGGAAACAGAGUGGUCCAACAUCAAACCGUGAUGUAGCCUUUUAUCGUAAAGCUUUGGAUGCCUUAAAGCCAUCUGAUGUUGAGUGGUGUCCUUAUGCUGAUAUUAAUAAUGUUAUACCAGAAGAAACAAAGAAUAAUCUAAUUCUUGGGAGGUCAAAGACUAUGUUGAUUUGUUUUGACAAAGCAGAAAGACACCUCCCUGAUCGUUGCCUCAGGCAGUAUGGCAUGCAACAACCAAUCCCAGAAGAUGUGCCACGGUGGGAGAGGAAGAGCCGUGGAGUGGACGGGGGGAUAGACUUGUCAGGAAAAAUGGAAUCAGAGCUUAAUGAAUGGUCUAAUCGUCAUCUUCAUAUUGUGGAAGGGGAUGAAGAUGUAGACGAUAGUGAUUACAUGCAGUGGUACUUGAGAAUUACUAGGAAGUUGGUGGGAAGACCUAUACCUAUCUCAUCCGAGUUUCAGAGAAUGAAUGCUGCGUUGAGGGACAUUGCACAUUUAGCAGAUACAAUUUCUACAAAUGGGAUGGAUGAGCAACAGUUACAUUCAGUCACAAGAAUCAGGUAUAUUGUGCAUGAAUGUUUGAGGGACCAGGUUGGAACUUCAACAAUAGUGGUAGCCAACUCAGAAAAUGAAAUUGGGAAAAGGGUACGAGGAAAGGAGCGGGUAAGAAGGAAGGGUAUGGGGAAACGUAAGCGUAGGGAUGAUUCAGAGCAAUGUAAUGUUGCUGUUGAGGAUGCUCAGUCCCAGUUAUGUCUCACAGCUGUUGAAAUUAUUGCUGUUGACGUUGAUCACUCUCAGCUAUGUCAUGUAGAUAGUGCAGUUGAGCAUUCAAAGCUAUGUCAUCCCGCUACUGAUGGUGAUGAUGCCCAACUAUGUCAUACAGCUAGUGUUGUUGAUGACUCGCAGUUUUGUCAUGUAACCAGUGAGGUUGAUGACUCGCAGUUUUGUCAAGUAGCCAAUGAGGUUGAUCACAACCAACUUUCACAUGCAGCCAGGGAGUGUGAUUCACAACCACCAUCUCAUGCAACUGUUGAGGUUGUUCCGCAGUCAUCUCUUGAAACUAGCAAGGAAGUUGCUCAGCAGAAUGAAUAUAGUGUUCUAGUUUAGAUUAUGAAGACAAACCAUUCAAUUUUGUAGAGUUUAUUCUUUGGGGUUUAUUUUAAGAGGUGUGUGCUUAUUUGUUUGAUCAUCUUAAUGAUCUUGAUUCUUGUUGUGUCUUAUUUGCACUCAAUGUAAAUUCCAUUUUGAUGAAUACAGGUUUCCCGAGACUAACAUUGUCAAUGCUGCCAAAUGUGGCUGAGAUUACCAGGAGUGCCUAGAGAACCAAAGCUCUCUUCCCCUGCGACCGGGGCUGUAAUUUAUUAGUCAGCUGACAUUGAGAAAGUCAGUUAGAUUUAUUCAAUUUUCACUUUAACUGUCUGCCAUGUUUGAGGCAUCCAUUGUGUGCUUGUAGUUUUUUAAGGAUUUGUUUUGUUAAUUUUUCUUUGUAUAGAGCGACUUUACAUAAUUGGAACAUUUUUUUUUAAAUCUAGGUAUAUGUAUGUGUCUCGUUAAAUCAUUCUACUAUUUCAACUUUGACCUUUCUGCACAAAGAAUAUUUGUCCCUGGACAUCAGAUGUACUGGUUGGCUAGCUGCUAGGCGUAUCAAAAUCCGUAAGGCUGUUUAUAGAA